AUGCACAACAUUGCGGAAGAAGCUGCAAACGUUUUGACCAAACCAUCAGCAAGAAUCACCGAUCUGAUCGAGCAAUUCAAGAAGGAAACGGCAUUUUAUGGAGAAGAGACGCGUCGGUACAUCCGCGACGAUUAUGACCGAUGCAAAAUAUUCAGGAGUACACAAAUUUCGAAGAUUGCGAGAAUUUACAGCGAAAUGCAUCCUGAAUCUAAUUACCCUCAUGUUCACACGUUCGAAGAUGUUGAUAAUCUCAAUUUUGGAGAAUAUCAUUUUUUUGUGCAUCCAUAG